AGCCGAGGAGCGCGAGCGAGCGAGCGACCCACCCAGCGGCGGCGGGCAGCAGUAGUACGCUGCGCUCUCGGUGGUUGUCACGGACGGGCGGUAUCGCGCGCGCCGUAAUAUCGAGACCGCGUAUAUACGGGCCGAGUUGUUAGAGCCGACGUCGGCCGUGCCGUGUCCUCGCUCCGGGCGACGCGACCGCGGAGUUUACGACGCACCGCGUCCGGCGGCAGGCGAGGAGGCGCCCAGGGACGGCGUGAGAGGGAGAAUCCCGUACCGCGGAGGCGAAUUCGCAGAGGGACAUCUUCUCGGAGCGGACACUUCUCUCCCGUGCGAGAACCGUGGGACCGUAGGCGGGCCGGGAAGAGGAAGAAGAGGAUGAAGGGGAUGCUGGCGCUGGCCGCGCUGCUCGGCGUCCUGUCGGUCUGCCGGGUGCAGGCGGUGUCGGAGAGGCUCGAAUUGGCACCAGCUGGCGGAAGAUCAGAGCCUCAGGUCGCUACCUUGUGCGAGCCUGGCGAGGUAUACCUCGCUCAGCACAUGGGAGAGCAGGGUCGAUGGGUCUCCUCGACCGACAAGAAGAGCUGCAUGACGGACAAGCUGGAGAUCCUGGAAUAUUGUAAGAAGGCUUACCCGAAGAGAGACAUCACCAACAUCGUCGAGUCGUCGCAUUACGUCAGGGUGAGCGGAUGGUGCAAGCCCGGAAGGACCAAGUGCAAGCUCUCCCGAUGGGUCAAACCUUACAGAUGUUUGGAGGGACCCUUCCAGAGCGACGCACUUCUCGUGCCGGAGGGCUGUCUCUUUGAUCAUCUUCAUAAUCAAACAAAAUGCUGGGAGUCUCACAGAUGGAAUGCCACGGCGGCGGAGACCUGCCGGGAGCGAAACAUGAAUCUGCGUAGCUUCGCGAUGCUGCUGCCGUGCGGGAUAUCCCUGUUCUCCGGCGUCGAAUUUGUAUGCUGCCCGAAACACCUGAAAGAGAACGUGAAGGUGAAGAAGCCGAUCGAUCUGCCCUUACCGAAGAGCGUGGACGAUGAUCUUGACGAGGACGAGGACGAUAUCGAUGACGAGGACGAUCUGGACGGCGACGCCGAGGACGAAGACAACUCCGACGGUGAUCUCGAGGACGUGCUCAGCAAUCAGCCCGACGAGGACGAGAGCGAGGAGGAAUAUGACGAUCUCGAUGAUUACGACACAACUACCAGUCGGCCAUCGACGACCGUUUCAACGACGGAGAAGAGCAAGCAGGACGCGACGGCGAUGCCGCUGCCGGUUAGCACAAGCACGCAGCAGCCCUCGCAGCCGCAAGGCACUCCCGAUCCUUAUCUGACGCACUUCGAUCCGCGAUCCGAGCACCAGAGCUACAAGCAGGCUCAGAUGCGACUUGAGGAGGUGCACAAGGAGAAAGUUACGAAAGUGAUGAAGGAUUGGAGUGACCUCGAGGAGAGAUAUCAGGACAUCAGGGCCCACGAUCCCGUCGCCGCGGACGCUUUCAAGCGCUGGAUGACGGCGCGAUUCCAGGAGACAGUCGCCGCGCUCGAGGAGAGCGGCGCGGCGGAAAAGCAUCAGUUAAGCGCGAUGCACCAGCAGAGAGUGCAGGAGGCGGUUAAACAGAGGAACGAGGAAGCUAUGUCGUGCUACACCGCAGCCCUUAACGAGACGCCGCCGAAUAUGCACCGUAUUCAAAAAUGCCUGCAAAAGCUGCUCAGAGCCCUUCACAAAGACAGGCACCACACAAUAGCCCAUUACAAGCAUCUCCUCGACAGCAGCUUAGAACAGGCGCAGCGAGAGAAGCCAGCCACUCUGGAGCAUCUGGCGGAAAUUGAUAGGAUCACCAAUCAGAGUCUCUUGAUGUUAGAACGAUAUCCAGACCUAAGUGCAAAGAUCGGCCGUCUCAUGGACGAUUACGUUUUGGCCCUCAGGAGUAAGGAUGAAACUCCGGGAUUGCUGCUGGCGAUGACGCGCGAAGCGGAGGCGGCUAUUCUAGACAAGUAUCAGGCCGAUGUUGCUAGCAAACAGCAAGAAAAGGAACAUCAGAAGCAGCUCGAGCGCGCGCGCAAGGAACAACGUAAGGCAGAACGCGGCGAGCUACGCACAGAGCAAGAACAGCACGAGGAGAACGACUCGGCAAUCGAUACCAAGGAUAUUCCUCAGCAAUCGGAACAACCCGCCGCGGUUGCCGCCAUGCAUAAUGAGGGAGUAGUUAGAGCGGCCCACAGCAUGACUCACGACGUUUCUCACUCCGAGCCAGGCUAUUCCGUAAGACGAGAGGUGUAUCACAGAGAGAGUCGAUCCGUUUACUUCACACUCGCGUUCGCUGGGAUAGCACUCAUGGCGGCUGCAGUCGUUGGCGUCGCGGUAUUCAAGAGGCGCAGCGCGAGAAGCCCUCACAGCCAGGGCUUCAUCGAGGUCGAUCAAGCGGCCACGCCCGAGGAACGACACGUCGCGAAUAUGCAGAUCAACGGUUACGAGAAUCCUACAUACAAAUACUUCGAGGUGAAGGAAUAAUUCGGCCGCUGCCUCGAGAAUUAUCACAGAUAUUUUGAUUUCUGAAGCUGGUCGCAACCGCGUAUUCGUUCUCGCGUAUUUUCUUCAAGAAUCUCAUAGUAUUUUGUUAGAGUAAGAUAUAUAUAAAUAGUAUGUAUAUCUCUAACCCCCGAGAUUCUUCCGAAGAUCCGGAUCUGCAACAUCCCGGAAGUGCGCAAAUUCAGAAAACGCGUUUCCUAAUCGGCUGCUCGCGCCUGCGACGAUACCACCGCCGUCACACAUCGCGUCCGCUUGUACGCAUCACGGUCACGUGUCGCGGUGUAAAUCGAUUUCGCGAAGAAUUGACAAUAUAUAUGUAAAAUACAGUUUGUAGCAAGGACACGCUGGAUGGGAAACGAAACGGAUUCUACGGGGAGAUAAAAAUGACGUAGAAUUCAGCAUAUACCUAUAUGUGCCAUACGAACACGCUAUCUUCGGAAGUAUCUCAUACACACAUCGUUUUUAUUACGUUGUCAUACAUGUCGAUAUAAAAACGCAGGAAGGAGCGCUCGUGUUGUAAAAGUA